AACUAAUCAAUUCUAUGACUCUGAGCCCUCACAUUUUGUGUUUGAAAUUAUCAUGUGUGAAAUGCGAAAGAACACUGUCAUGAGCUCCAACAGCUGACCUUCUCUGAAGUUUCUCUCAAAUCUCAAAGAAACAUGAGGUAGUUCUGAAAUACAGGAUUUCCAUCCCCAGGACUGGCCCAUGCCACCCACUCCCCUGGGGCUACAACAGCCCAGGGACACCAGCAGCCUGCAGCCACGCCCCGUUCAAAUCACGCUGGUGGAAGUAAAGUUCAAGGUAACCUUAUGGAUCAGGGUCAUAUUACUUUUCAACACCUGCCCAUGUCUAUAUAACCACACAAUGCCUCCCUGUGUGGCAGAAUGGCCCUCCCCUUCUGCCGACGUGUAGCUCCAGACAUGCUGUUUCCUGCCACAGGGAGCUCUGCCUCCAUGGCCACCAAGAUCCCAGCUGAGAAAUUUGGGAAAUGUCAGUGUGAGACACACCAUUCUGAAAGCAUCCUGUACCAGAUCCUUAACAAAGAGCAUGGAAGUGAGACCAAGUGGCACCAGCAGAAUUGCAGUCCCCGCUGCUGUGCAAGAAGCAAAGGCUGCCCUUGUUUGGACAGAAGAGUUGUCCUGAGAACACCAGAAGCCACAUGCAGAAGAGCUUCUGAAGUGCUGUUGAAGACUUCAACUUUUAUUAGAAACCUACCUUCUUUUUAUCACAUGCCUUGGGAGGAUCAGUUUGUCCUCAUCCAACAGAACUGGGCCCCUCUAUUUGUCCUGGGCAUGGCACAAGAAGGAGUGGAUUUUGACCUCAGAGAGAUUCCAGGCACCAGUUUAUUGAAAAAAAUCCUCCUCAAUCAGUCUUCAACAGCUAUGAAUAAACUGGACAGUUCAUCAGCAGGAGCAUCUUUCACAGAAGUUCAGAAGAUGAAGAACUUGUUGUGGAAAUUCUGGGACCUGGACAUAAGUGGAAAAGAAUAUGCCUAUGUUAAAGGGAUUAUUCUUUUUAAUUCUGAAUGUCAUGUCCUGAAAUGUCUCCCUUAUGUACAAUCACUUCAGCAGGAAGCUCAGAAAGCCCUGAUGGAGUUUAUCUCAAUAAUGUUCCAUGGAAGCCUCAGCAGGUUUACUUCGAUUCUUCAGCUGAUCACAUCUCUUCGAGACAUUGAUGCAGAAGCUAUUGAAGAGCUCUUCUUCAGGCCCUUCCUAGAAGAGGCCACCCUAAAUGUACUACUUCUAGAAACCAUAUCUAUGAAGCCAGACUGGCUUUGAAAACAAAUGACAUCUGAGCAAUAA